UCCUUCAGGUCCUGCCCCAACUUCGGGGCUCCAGGACGCCCCCGUCCGGUGACCCGCUGAGCAACGAACGUCCCACCCAGGGACCCCCUUUUUUCCUGGGCUUCAGCGCUUCCGCCUCCGGGGCGGAGACUCCUCCCUCUCCCCGUCCGCGUUGUGUUCCCUGGAAGAGCAGCCGGGAACGCGUCCGCCGGCUCCGGCCGGGGCGAGCGAGAAGCCGGCCCCCUCCCGCCGCCGCCCGCCGCCCGCCGCCCGCCGCGCCGCACCCCGCGAGCGCAGGACCCUCCGGCGGCGCGGGCGCGGCUUCAGCACCGCGGACAGCGCCCCGCCCGCGGCAUGGCCCCGCGCUCCGGCCCCGCGGCGCUGCUGCUGGGCUUCGGCCUCCUCGGGCUGCGCGCGGGAGUCUGGGGUACAGAUACAGAGGAGCGCCUGGUGGAACACCUCCUGGACCCCUCCCGGUACAACAAGCUCAUCCGCCCGGCCGCCAAUGGCUCUGAGCUAGUGACCGUGCAGCUCAUGGUGUCUCUGGCCCAGCUCAUUAGUGUGCACGAGCGGGAGCAGAUCAUGACCACAAAUGUCUGGCUGACCCAGGAGUGGGAGGACUAUCGGCUCACCUGGAAGCCCGAGGAGUUUGACAACAUGAAGAAAGUUCGACUCCCGUCCAAACACAUCUGGCUCCCAGAUGUAGUUCUGUACAACAAUGCUGACGGCAUGUACGAGGUGUCCUUCUAUUCCAACGCCGUGGUCUCCUACGACGGCAGCAUCUUCUGGCUGCCGCCCGCCAUCUACAAGAGCGCCUGCAAGAUCCAGGUGAAGCACUUCCCGUUCGACCAGCAGAACUGCACCAUGAAGUUCCGCUCGUGGACCUACGACCGCACGGAGAUCGACCUGGUGCUCAAGAGUGACGUGGCCAGCCUGGACGACUUCACCCCCAGCGGCGAGUGGGACAUCGUGGCGCUCCCCGGCCGGCGCAACGAGAACCCGGACGACUCCACGUACGUGGACAUCACGUACGACUUCGUCAUCCGCCGCAAGCCGCUCUUCUACACCAUCAACCUCAUCAUCCCGUGCGUGCUCAUCACCUCGCUGGCCGUCCUGGUCUUCUACCUGCCGUCCGACUGCGGCGAGAAGAUGACGCUGUGCAUCUCCGUGCUGCUGGCGCUCACCGUCUUCCUGCUGCUCAUCUCCAAGAUCGUGCCGCCCACCUCCCUGGACGUGCCGCUCGUCGGCAAGUACCUCAUGUUCACCAUGGUGCUCGUCACCUUCUCCAUCGUCACCAGCGUGUGCGUGCUCAACGUGCACCACCGCUCGCCCAGCACGCACACCAUGGCGCCCUGGGUCAAGGUCGUCUUCCUGGAGAAGCUGCCCGCGCUGCUCUUCAUGCAGCAGCCGCGCCACCGCUGCGCCCGCCAGCGCCUGCGUCUGCGGCGGCGCCAGCGCGAGCGCGAGGCGGGCGCCCUCCUCUUCCGGGAAGCCCCCGGGGAGUCGUAUUCCGGGCCCGCGCGCGGCGGGCCGGGGGCGGGCGGCUGCGGCCUCCGCGCGGCGGUGGACGGCGUGCGCUUCAUCGCGGACCACGUGCGCAGCGAGGACGACGACCAGAGCGUGAGUGAGGACUGGAAGUAUGUCGCCAUGGUGAUCGACCGCCUGUUCCUCUGGAUCUUCGUCUUCGUCUGUGUUUUCGGCACAGUCGGCAUGUUCCUGCAGCCCCUCUUCCAGAACUACUCCCCUGCCCGCUUCCUGCAGGCCGACCGCCCGGCCCCCAGCUCCAAGUGAGGCCGCCGGCUGCACGCUCCGCCUCGCCCUCCGUGCCCGACUGGUCUGGUCGUUUUAGGCGGAGGAGGGACGAGUGGGCCGCAGGUGGGGGCUGCUGGUGCAGACCCGCCUCUCCCGCCCCUACCGCAGCCCCUCCCCGCCCCCGCGGCAGACAGCCAACCCUGGAGGGCCCCAGCCAGGUUGGUGUGGGGCUGGGCGGGCAUGUGGGCUACGGCAGGGGUGUGGAGAUGUUGGGCCGCGCACACUGAGGGAAGCGUGAGGGGCUGGGGCGGGGCAGAGUCCCAGGGCCCCUGGCGCAGCAGCUCCAGACCCGACUCGGGCCUACCCUCCCUACGUACGUGGCCCGUGGGCUGGCGGGUCUGUCCAGGGCUUACCUGGUGCUGUGGCCAGACCCCUGGGGGCCCUCCAGCCCAGCCCUGCAGCCCCCUGCUUCUAUGGGCUCCAGAGCCCAGCCCCAGGUCCCUGCAUCCCUGGACGUCCCCCCACUUUCUUUCUUGUUCGGGGCGGGUGGGGCAGCCGGGCUGGGCAUUGGACCCCUGAGUUUGGAGCCUUCCGGUGCCCUGUUUGGAGCCCAAGGGCCAAGUCCUCCAGCACAAACGCAGGGUCUCCGGUGGCCGUUCCCCACUUGACUGGAGCAGGGCUUUGGAGUCAGAGAAGAGAAGGUGUUCGCUUUCCGCAGCUCCAGGCUCGGCCCACAGCAGAGGGCGCCGAGCGGGAGGGAGUCAGCACUGCCUGGCUGUCCCCCGAGACCUGAGCUGGGCCUAGGCCAAACCCCCCUACCAUCACCGGCUCUCUAGAAACACAGCCUUUGCUUCUGUCCCGUGGGCUCGUGGAGGCCGUGUCCUGACGCUGCUCCCGGGGUCCGGCCGGGGGACUCUGGGCUCUUAGCCGAGGAGACAGACCUCUGACGGGCGUCCUGCCCCCACUCCCGCCACGUGACUAGCUCUGCUCUGUGGUCCCGGCCUGUCCUCAGCGCCAGCAGGUGGCCGGUCCCCGAGGGGGCCGUCUGUCCAGCGCAGCCAGAGGGCCGGCUGACACAGACCACGCUGUCCUCUGGAACCCGGCUGGAGCCCUGCUUGUGCGGGCGCGGCAGAGCUGGGGACAGUGCCGAGGGCUCGGGGGGACGCACCGCAUCCGCCCCGGGACCAGACGGUCUCAGUCUGGAUGCCAGUCCCAGCUCACACCUGCUUGCUCAGCCGCCGCGAGCAAGUCCGUUGCUUUUCUGGGCGUCGGCGGCCUCGUCUCCCGAGUGGGGACAGUAGCGAGGAGGAAGCAGCCUAGUCUGUUCUUGGCGGACCUUGGCCGGGUGUGCAGUGUGGGAGCGGCCAGAGCGGGGGACGCCUGACCAUCCUUAGAGCCUCGCACAGCCCUCCUCUUCCUCUCCCUGGAGCAGAACCAGCCCCAGCAGCAGCGUUGCGGGUCUGGGGACCUGGCACUGGAGGAGCGCGGCCCGGGGGGCUCUCCGGGGGCCACUCGUCAGGCCUGAUGGCCGUAGUUCCCUCAAGCACCUUCAGGGAAGCGGCAUCCUGUUCCCGGGCCGAGCUCUUCCCCACACUGGUGUGCCCGCAGGGCCUCGGGGCCGAUCCUGUCCCAUCCUGGCUGUGCAUGUCCCGCCAGCCGCUGGACAAGGUGUGCCUCAGCGCGUGUCCCCAGCUGGCCGAGUGGGUGUCUUGGCCUGCGGAGUCCCCCUCUUCCUGGGCAGCAAACAGAAUUUCCUGUAUUAAGCUGGAGCCGCUGCUGGGUCAGAGUCCCGGGGUGGGGAGUGUCCCGGAGCCUGAAGAGCAACCGGAAAGGAACCGUCCAUCUGGCGGGUCGGGUGCCAGCCCGAGGCCCGGCUCCUGGCUGUCUGGGCGCCUCGCUGUGGCCUGGCCGCUGGGAGUGCUUCCUGCCCGGCACUCGAGCCUGCUGUCACCGGGGGUGCUGGAGUCCCGCUGGCGGUUUCCCCACUCCCCCGGAGCCUCUGACGUGUAAGGAGACCCCAGGGAGGCGGGGAGGGGGGUUGCUGCGACUCAGGAAAGCCCCUUGCUCUGGCCUUGCUCCUUCCCGCUGGUGACCUGGGGGCGGCAGAGCCUGCUGAGGCAACAGAAGGUCACACGGGGACAGAAGGUCGCGCGGGACAGAAGGUCGCACAGGACCGGGUGAGCUGGGCAGGGCCUUCGGGGUGGUGCCUUCCACUCCCAGGGGACCGUGCCAGCAGCAGGAGGGAGAGGGCAGGGGCGGAGGGAGGCGGCCCACCGCUCAGACGAGGUGAUGCCCCGCGUGGGGACAGUUCGAGCCCUGGGGACGCCGGGAAUCCUGGGACAAGCGUCGUCCCUUCUCUUCCCUUGGUGCUGUUGGGGAAGCUCCCUGCCCUUCUGUGGGGGGCCGGCUCUGCAGAGAAUCCGUGCCCCGUCUGGAGAGGGCGGUGCAGACCCUGGAGUGGGAGCCUGAGCGAGGGGGGCUUGGGAGGGGCGGCUGGGGAAGCGGCGGGCAUCGUCUCCAUCUGCAAACCACCUUGCCCGAGUAGCGGGGCAGCGCAUGCCGCCCGUCCCUGAUGCUAGGGGCUGCCGUAGCAGGAGACCAGUGUCCUGGUGGCCGGGACAGCUGCACCCAAGGUGGUCUCCCAGCCACCCUGCCCUGCAGAGGAAGACCGUGCCUGGGAAGGGGAGAGGCAGGGGGUGCUCUGGGCAGCAUCUGGGCCCGACUUCCGUCUCCUCCCAGCCCCGGGGACAGCCUGCAGGGAAGGGCCCCUGGCGACAGGAGACUCGCUCAGCUGAGCCAUCUACACGGCUGGGCCAUGACACAGGCUGUGGGAAAGCAAGGGGCAUCUCUGAGUCGGUCCCCGGCCAGAGCGCACUCUACUCCCUCUCAGCCUCUGCCUCUAGGGGCCAUGGCCAGGUCAUCCCUCAGCCCAGCGGGUGCCGGCCGGUCACUUGCCAGGCUGGAGUGAGAAUUGGCCGCAUGUUUCCGAGCGUGAGUGUCACACGGCUCCUGAGGGACUAUAGGUCUAGGAGCCGUCGCUAGGACGCCUCACCCACGCGCUCAGAGCCCUCGACCCCACACACUAGCCUUGGCCUCCCUUCUCUGUGCUUCCGGAAUAUUUGCACUGGUCUAACCCGCCUCAGGCCAGACCCCUUAGGCAUUCAAGAUUCUCGUAAAGAAAAUUGUUUCCCAAGC